AUGUCAGACUUUAUUUACGAAUUUGAAAAGCGCUACAGCAAGUGUAAAAAGCAUGGAAUGGUGUUACCAGAUGCUGUACUUUCAUUCAAAUUAUUGGACUCUUGUGAUUUUUCUACGAAUGAAAGGAAGUUAGCGUUAACGGCAACAAGUGAUUUAAAGUACGAAAAUAUGAAGUCGGCUUUGACUAGAAUAUUCGGUAAUGAAGGUCAAGGUCAAAGCUCGAAGAAAGAAGAUGGUAUUUUAAUCAAACCGAAAGAAGAAGCCCUUUACACUAAAGAUAGACCGAGUUAUCAACGGUAUGAUAAGAAACCGUUUAGAAAUUUUGGUAACAGAAAUGGCAAUAAUUCCACUGGUGGAAAAUCAUCUGUGAAUCAGUUGAUAGGAAUGUCUUAUGGUAGUGGUGUCAUAGAUACAGCCUGCACUAAAACAGUGACUGGUAAAAGAUGGCUCACCAAUUUUCUUGGAAAGUUAAAUGAAGAAGAGCGGUCUGCAGUUAAAAAAGAGCCAAGUAGGAAGGGAUUCAGAUUUGGAGAUGGAUUACAGGUCAGUUCUUUCGAAAAAGUGACAAUUCCUGCAAAAAUUGGAGACGUGAAAUGUAACAUUGAGACGGAAGUAGUGAACACUGAUAUACCUUUACUACUGAGUAAAGACUCUCUGAAAAAGGCUGAAACAAUUUUAGAUUUGGUCAAUGACAAGGCAGAAAUGUUUGGUCAGUCAGUUAAUCUAGAAUUUACCUCAAGUGGACACUAUUGUGUUAAUAUUCUAGACAAUUCAUGUGAGGAUGUCCUUGUGGUUGAUUCAAUAGGCCUACAAUCACAAGAUGAAAUGAGAAAAACUAUAAAUAAGUUACAUUUACAAUUUGGUCAUGCAACAGUUGAACGUUUGACUACCCUUCUAAAGAACUCUGGUCAAAUAAAGGAAAAUGUUAUUGAUGUACUUAAAUCAGUGGUAGCAAAAUGUGAUGUUUGUGCACGUUAUAAAAGACCAACUCCAAGACCAGUUGUGGGCCUACCUCUAGGAACACUGGAGGGCACCACGUCUAGUCAAAUUGUUGGAGACCAUAAUUCUACUUUGAUAGCUGCAAGAAAGGCAUUCAUUGCAGCAGAAAGUUCAGAGAAGAUUAGACGGGCCAUUCGUAAACAAAUUAGAACAACAGAGGGUCCCUUUGUGACUGGUGAUAAAAUAUAUUAUAAGAGACCUGAUGCCACAGAAUGGAAAGGACCAGGUACUGUUAUUGGCCAAGAUGGAGCUGUUGUAUUUGUUAGACAUGGGGGUAUAAUGGUAAGAGUUCAUCAGAGUCAACUGAGAAGAACUUCUGAGGCAGAAAUACCAGUAAUUGAGAAAACCUCAGAUGAUACAGAAGUAGAUGUGAAUAAAAAUGUUCAGAUGGAUUCUGAUGAGGAAGUGGAGCCAACAAACGAAUCUUCUGUGGAUCAAGAAUCAAUACCUGAUACCAACACCUUAAAUUUGUCGAGAAUAAGAACUGGACAGACUCUUCAAUACAAAAAUCAAGAAUCUGAUGAGAGCAUGACAGCAAAAGUUUUAAGUCGGGCAGGAAAAGUCAGUGGAAAGAAUAAACAUUGGUAUAAUUUGGAAUUUAGUAAACCAGUCGAACUUAUGUCUAUGAAACAAUCGGUGGACUUAAGUAAAGUAGUGGAUUUAAAAAUUAAUGAUGAUAUUGACAGUGAAGAAAAUGUCAUGCCUUCAUGUGGUAUUCAAUACCCAGUAUUGUUUGUAUAUUCUGCAGAUUGCAAACAAUACUUGAUAAUACAAGCUAAUAAUAGAUAG